AGUUGGUUUUUCACUCUUGCAAUGGACGAUACUUUACGUUACUUACUUUAUAAGAUAGCCAUUUAGUUUCACAACCACUCAUCUUGUGUGUUUAAAGAAAUCUCAGAUUGAAUUUAAGUCAGAUCCCGGAGUUUGAGUGGGUUUUCACCCAUAUUUCAAACAACUGACGAUGCAGGCGGAAGGUGGCAAACUUUAAGACUUGUUUAAACGUAAACGUAACGUGUUUUAAGUCUUAAAAAUUCGGCGUUUUAAAGUCUUUUGAAGAACAAUGUUUUUCGAACGCACAUUUCAAUCUCAAAUCAUCCAAGAUGAGCUCUACGGCUCGAAAACAAGUAAAAGUAAACCAUCAAGCAAGAGGAGGACCGCUUUUCAUGUCGUCAAAGACAAAGCGAAGAGCUAUUUGGUGUUGUUCCUUGAAACGUCUUCGAUUCAUGGGUUGAACCACAUGGUGGCCAUUGGAAGGCAUCCUUUGGAAGUCGUCCUCUGGCUCACUAUGGUCGGCCUCUCCGUAUUCGGCUCGGUAUACCUCUCCCGGACCACCUGGACCCGCUACCAGUCCUCGCCUACUGUUGUGUCCAUGGAUCGAGACAUGUUUGCAUGGAAUACCACCUUCCCAUGCGUCACCAUAUGCCCCAACAAUAACCUGGAUCUGAAGAAGCUUGAAGUAUAUGUAAAAAACUCCAAGGAAAAAGAUAAAGCCAAGCUAGAAGCGUUUAUCAAGGCUCUCGCAAAUGCCACCUUCGACAAUUUCAACCUGAUCCCGGACUACGAUGGUAUACCUUCAGACAAAUACAUGGAGCUAAUCCUGAAUCUGACGGCGAGCUUCAAGCCCACCCUCACUAUUGGUGCCUCGGGUAUCAUGCUGGAUAUUGUUCCUACCAUCACUGAGAUGGGGCUCUGCUAUGCCGUCAAUUCUCAGGUGGCAGUUUAUAAUUCACCAGCAUACAGAGUAGCCAAUAGAUGGGAUGAGGUGUCCACCCAAAACAGCACAUUCUUCGUGCACCCACUUGAUGGAGAAGUGUUUGCGCAAGUUAUCAAUAUAUCGGCAUCCUAUGACGUCUACGUUCACGGUCCGUCAGAAGUACCUGAUAUAUCAACAAAGCGUCAGCAUUCAGACGAGGACUUUUACAUGAAGCUGUAUGUGACCGCACUUACUGUGUAUACGACGCCUGAUGCCGCUAGACUAAGCGUUGCCCAAAGACGUUGUCGGUUUCUCAAUGAGAACAUCUUGAAGCACAGUUCUGUGUAUACUUACACUAUGUGCCGCAUGGAGUGUCGCAUUCGACUCUGUCUCAAGUAUUGUAACUGCAUUCCUCACUUCUACCGAAAAAUUGGUGAUGAGAAAAUAUGCAACGUAAAAGACCUGCAAUGUUUGUACAAGUAUAAAGAUGAGCUCUACAAACUGCAAGAGAAGGACGGCAAGAAGAUCAACUGCGGCUGCCUCCCGAUUUGCGAUGAUGUGAACUACGUGAUCCAGUCCAACGCCCUCCAGGAGUGGUUUCUAGGAACGAACUUGCAGUGGGGAAUCGUGACGUACCCCAGGAUGAGAUACAAGAGGGAUAUUAUCUUUGGCUUCACCGAUGUCUUGGUGGCAGUCGGCGGCAUGGCCGGCUUGUUUCUCGGCUGCAGCGUCCUCAGCUUCAUGGAGAUCGUCUACUUCUUGACUCUUCGCCUCAUCUGCUACACCCAUGCUGCUGUCACCAAGUAGAAUUGAUCUGCUUCUCAGUUAUGAUAAAUGUAUUUUUUGAUUUUUAAUGAAUGUUCUUAGACCAAGCACUGUCCGACGAAUAGUUGCAACGUAAUUUGAACUUAUUGAUAAAGUAGCCUACAAGGAGAGGGCUUAGUGGCGUCCCUCCCUAUCCUACAAGUUUGAGUUGAUGACGAAA